UUGUAAAAGAGUUUUCUGUAAUAGAAUUAAUAGAAUUAACAGUAUUUUUAUAUUUUUAAAUGUUGGUUAAGAUAUAUCUUUACCCUUUUAAAAUCGAUGUGUAGGAACAGAUUGCCGGAAGAGGUGAUUAACUGAAAUCAUCACAGUGUGCAGCAGUAGUGCUUUCCCUGUUGUUGUGCUAUAGUUGAAAUUAGGUUAAUGUCCCAUUAAACGGUUCAAAAUAUGCCAAGACAUGUCAGAGCAUGACAAAGCGGGGAACAGAAACGCUUCCACUCCUACAUACGACAUCUUAAAAAAAAAUCAUUAUUGCAUCCGCUGAAUUGGAGAAAGACAAAAAGAAAAGUCUGACAGAAAAAGCCCACAACGAACCAUUCAAAUCAAAUCAACCCAUUAACAUCCAUUGUCAGAGUCUACACGAAACUACUACUAUUAAAAUGUUAAAGCGACAGCAGAGUCUGCACAGAGUGUAUUGAUCCCAAGGAAAUGAUGCAGAAGGAAACUACCCUGUUUCCCAGUCUUGUGUCCCACACAGAUAAGCAAUGCACUUGCUAAUUUUAAAGCCAGAAUGGGAAGGAAGCAUGACAGCGAAGUUUCCGCCACACCAAACACUGUGGAGGGGGGAAAAAAACAGAAAGCUUGUCUUGGAAAUAGCUUAGUGUAGAGAGUCUGUCCGAUCGGAGUCGAGGUGGAAUCCAACACCAGCUCAUGGUGGAAUUAUGGCACAUAACGAAACACAUCCACUUUUGGAAAUACUAAAGUCAUUUAAUCUUGGUGAGUGUAUAGGUGUUUGUUUCUUUUAAAGAUCAAGUAUCCCACAGCAACUGUGAGAAACGUGGAUUGUAAGAUGCAGACAUGAUAGUUGUAUGUAUGUACAAACAACGAUAUGAUUUUAGCCUUCUGCUUGUCCGUGCUCGUGGGCCUGCUGCUCGGUGCUCUGGUCUACGUUCUGUUGACCUGGGCAUCUCGGCGCCAGGCCACCGCCAGGAUCACCAGGCGCUCCAAAAAGAGAUCCGGCACCUCACAGACAGCCGUGAGCAACCAGCUGGGCCUUUACAGAAGCACCUUUCUGAGUGUCUACAGACAGCCCUCUCUGGAGCCAGUGGGCCCGCUGGGGAGUAAGCCGGGCGUGGAGAGCUCCACCUUUCGCCCAGUGCCCAAGAGGAGCAGGGCCGGCCUGGAGAUGGGAGAGGACACGCUGAUCACCAUGCCCGAGGACACUGCAGCUUCAAACUCCUCCGAUUCAGCGGCCCUUGUACCAAACAAGAGACAUUCCUUCUGGUUGGGCGGCAACGGACUGAAAGGCUUCUUGCCCUCGCAGACCUCCCCUCCUGCAUACGACAGUGUCAUCCAUGCUUUCGAAGAGACGCGCACUUGAAUCUCUCUGCGUAUAAAUACGGGAGAAACUGAAAAAAAGGGGAGAUCGUUCAGUGGUUACACAGGACUUUAUGACUAGGCGCUGCUGUUUAUCAGAACAUUUACAAAACUCAGUCUAAAGCUUAACUAAAAUCUUAACUGAAUAAAUUUCAAGUUUUGUCACAGUUUUGAUAGAUAGAUUAGGGAUGCAACUAAUGAAAAUUUUCAUAAUUGAGAAUUCUGCAUGUUAGUUUCUCGCUCAAUCAAUUUGUUUUCUCUGUAGAACAUCUCAGAAUAAAAAGAAAAUAGCCAUCAGAGUUAUCCAGAACCAAAAAUAAAUUCUUAAGCUGUCUUGUUUGGUCCAAAAGUACAACAAAAAAAGUAUUUAAUUUAUAAUGGUGUAAAAUGGAGACAGGGGGCAAAUAGAGGAGCUCCAAAGAUUGACUCAAGUGAUUGAUCAAUUAAUCGACUAGUCUUUGCAGUUCUAAUAUUCUGUAGUUUUUUGCAGAACAUCUCAUGACCAUGCAUAUAUAGAAGAUAGUUUUCAUCUGUUCACAUGAAGAUGAGAAAUGGUUAUAUAUUAUCUAAUAUCACAAUAAAGAUUUAAUAUUCA